AUGUCUGCUCUCUCCGAGCUCUGCAAAGAAACACAGUGCACUCAUUCUAUGCCGUCUCUGCUCCUUCCUAGCUCUGCAAAGAAAAGCAAGUCUUUUAUUCUAUACAAUCUCUGCUCCCUCCUAGCUCUGCAAACUCUGCACAGAGAAACAAGACUUUAUUCUAUACAAUCUCUGCUCCUUCGGAGCUUUGCCAAGAAACGCAAGACAUCCAUUCUCUACGAUAUCUGCUCCCUCCUAACUCAGCAAAGCAAGAAAUGUUUUUCAUUCUUUGCCAAGAAUCGCAGGACAUUCAUUCUAUACCAUUUCUGCUCAUUCCUAGCUCUGCAAAGAAACGCAAGACAUUCAUUCUAUACAAUCUCUGCUCCCUCCUAUCUCUGCAAGGAAACACAAGACAUUCAUUCUAUACAGUCUCUGCUCCCUCCUAACUCAGCAAAGCAAGAAAUGUUUUUCAUUUUAUACAAUCUCUUCUCUCUCUUCGCUCUGCAAAGAAACCCAAGACUUUCAAUCUAUACCAUCUCUGUUCCCUUGUAG